UUAAUGUUUGGUAGAACAUCUAACACACAUAUCGAAUAGUUCAGUUUGUUUAAAAAAGUACAAAGCGCUGAAAUUAGAAAUCGCAGAAGUAUUCACAAUGAUGUGGUUUCAUGUUUCAGGCGUGUAGCGAAGUCAUUCAGUGAGACUGACCCUCGAAACAGCUGUUAAGGGUGGUAAUAGGCAAAAAUUUUUCUUAAAUGGUGUCAGAAUAUAUAGCUUGAUGUUAGAUAUACGUUAUGAUUUUAGGAUAUGUAACGUGGGAUAACUUAGUUCCUAUAUUAGAGUGGGUUCCGUUUCUCAUCAAUUGGUGAAUGAGAAUAACCAGUUCAUGGUGAACAUACAAUCGGCGAUAUAUUGGCCACAUAUCUGUGUGAUCGUCCAAACACUAACAUAACGCAUAUUUAUCACUCUUCAAGUUUAUUCUCAAACCUGAAUAAAGUCUGAAUCGACAUUUAUAAACAACAGUUUUAAUUCUGUUAGCGUAAAAACACCAAGAUGAAGACAUUUCUGGGCUUAAUUCUUGUGUUUAUUGUUUUUUCAUUCAAUGUCGUGGAAAGUAAGAACGCAAUGCCAGCAAAGAGAUAUAAAGUCAAUCUUGACGAUGAUCCGAUGACAAGAUGGGUUCCUCUGUUGGAAAACUUUGACAGAUCUUUACUUUUGGAUGCUAUUGAUUCCUUGUUAAAGCAAUACGUCAAAAACGAUGAAUUGAUCGCUUUAGCCGAAAUAAUUGCUCAUGAUCUCGACAAAUAUAUUUCUCAACCAUACGCUGAUGAAAUGCGAGGAAUCAGUAAAUUUUACAAAGCGGAACUCGGGAAGGUCGUACUUGGAAACCUUGCUUAUGAUGCCUCGGCUUGGAAUACUGUCGGGAAAGCUUGUACGAGCAUUGUGACGAUCGACAAGACAGGCGGAAUCAUACACGGGAGAAAUUUAGAUUAUGGAGCAGGCGAUGAGUUAAGAACUAUUACCACAGAAGUUGAAUUCCAUCGAAGUGGAAAAACUUUGUUUAUCGGAACUACUUACGUCGGAUAUGUUGGUCUUCUGACUGCAGAAAAGGUAAACGCAUUCACCAUAUCUGGGGACGAACGUGACACGGGGUAUUUGUGGGAGAAUAUACUGUCUGCGUUGACAAAAGGAUGGCCAACAAUGCUGAUGGCCAGAGAGGUUAUAACAAAUGCUGAAAACUUUGAAUCUGCAAUCGAAAUGUUGCAAAAGGCAAAAACAAUCGCACCGAUGUAUUUCAUAGUUGGCGGGGUCAAACCACACGAGGGUGCUAUUAUUGUACGUGAUCGAUGGGGAGCAAUCAACGUAACGAGAAUGGAUGACACGUACAAAUGGUUUGUAGUUGAAACAAAUUAUGAUCCUUGGAAUCCUCCUCCGUCUUCUGAUGACAGGCGAGAUCCAGCAAUAAAGUUAAUGGAAGAAAUAGGACAAAAUCAAAUGAAUCCUGAAAAUCUUUAUAAGGUAUUAUCUACAUCUCCCAUACUCAAUCCCACAACGACAUAUACUACGGUGAUGAGUGCCAAAAACACGUCUUUGUAUCACACCAUGGUGAGAUGGGAUCAUCCUAAUGAAAAUUGAGAUAAAUUUCGAUACAUUUUGCUUGCAGUAUAGAGUGCUUUAUAUUGAUAUAUUGAAUCAGUAUUUUUUGUGCAAUAUGUUAUAUGUGUUCUUAGUAAUUCAUCAUUUUAGCUUUUUUGUUCUUAUUGUUUUAUUAUGUUAAACUUGGACUUAAAAAAACAAUUGGAUUUUGCCCGAAAUAUGCAAGUUUAUGAAAUAUACUUUCAUUCAUUUUGAAUAUUAAAAAUAGU